UUCUCACGAUUAAGGGCCUGAUUCUGAUUAGUUAAUCAUUAGAAUGGUUAGAACAGUAAAGAGGAUUAAGAUGUAAAAGUUAGAUUGUUAAAUAAAUUGUGAUUUAUGUUUCAUUUUGGAACAAUUUAACUAAUCAAUGGUUAAUGAUCAUUUCAGGCUUUUCCUUGUUUGUUUACCUUAAUUAUAUUAUUGAGGAGAUCAAGUUAAAUCAUCAUCAGUUUCAGUUAAAUUAUUUCAUCAUUGAUUUGCUCUUGACAUUUUGCUCGUGUUUGUUUGCUGAUUAACAACAAUUAACAAAUCAAAUUUCCAUCAACAAUCAACACAAUCGUUUUACAAUGUUUACAUUUAAAUGUUUCAUUCAAAUUGUUUUAAUACUUUCAACUGUUAAUUGUGAUGAUUCAACAACAUGGGAUUCCUAUGAUAUUAGUUCAGAAUUUCAAUCAGGAAUACCAAAUAGUGUAAAAGUUGCAACCAAGCCAAAAUCCUUGUCGGUUAAUGUUGAUCAAUCAACAUUUAGUGUUCCUUCAAGUGAACAAUUAAAAUCCAAUAAAAAUGAACAAUCAGAUGAUUAUAAUGAUUCUGAUUUAAUUGUGAUUCCUGAUCCAAUGGCUGUUGAAUCAUUACUUAAGCCUGUUGAUGAUAAAGUUUUUUCAGUGUCCAGAAGCUUCAUGGAGGGAAAGCCCAAUGGUCAUCUUGUUGAAUCUGAGAAAAUGGUUGGUCAAAAAGUUGCGAAUGAAACAAUUAAAAUCAAUGGAAAAGGAUCAACAAUUAAACCAACAAUUAAACCUAAACUUGUAACAUCAAGGUCUGGUUUAAUUAGAUUCAAUUCUAAAGAUAGGGUUGAGAAAGUACAAUCUCAACAAUCAAGUGUUAAAUUAACCAAACCAACAACAAUUAACAACAAGAGGAAACAACAACAACAACAGCAACAACAAAGGCCGAUGCUGUUUGGUCAAUCGUCUAUUGGUAACAAUUUACAAGUUAAUCAACCAAUUAAACGGGCAAGUUAUGGUUUAAUUGGAUCAACUUUAUCGCCUGGGGCAAGAAUUAAAAAUGAUCACAAGGAAAAGUUGAAAAAGAAAAAGAUUAACGAGAUUAAAUCAACAGAUCGUCGGAUGUUGGGACCUUUGAGAUUAAUGUCACAAGAAUCUUACCUCUCACCUACAGCUCAGUUUUCACCAUUUUCACCUUCAACUGGUCAACAACAAUUAACUAAUCAACUGUUUCAAACAAAUCAACUUCCAAUGUCACCAUCAAUCUCUUACUUAUCACCAUCUCCACCAACAGCAAUUCAAUCACCAUCAAUAUCUUUACUUAAUUCAAUUGCAUCUCCAAGUAUAUCAACUGGAUUAAAUCCGUUGAACUUUUUUCAACAAAAUCAACAAGGAUCAACAUCAUCAUCUCUCGGUUUACAAUCUAAUACUAAUCAAUUUACCGGCUCAACGAAUCAAUUCAACACAAUUCCAAUGGCAAAUGUUCAAUCGAUUGGUCAAUUGUCAUCACCAGCAACUUUUCAGACAAUUUUACCUUCAUCAUCAACCUUAUUAACUAAUGGACAAUCAUUAACAACCAAUCAAGGCUUAUUAUCAUCACCAACAUUUCAACAAUCACCAAUUCAACAGAUACAAUCAUCAUCUCCUGGAUUGAUUCAGAUUCAAACACCCAAUGUUCAAUCAUCACCAAAUAUUCAGACGAUUCCGAUUAUUCAGAACGUUCCAAUGAUUCAAUCAUCCCCUGGAUUAGCAUCGCCAAUGAAAGUAACCAAAACUCAAUCAUUUGAAUCUAACCUUGUUAAGCCUUCGAUUUCUCUGGCAAGUCCACCAACCCUUGCAACGAACUCUAUGUUAACCUCGAACAUUGGAUCGCCCCUUCGAUCGACCAAUUUUAUACGAACACCGAUCGGUCUUCGAUCACAAUUAACACGAACAUCGUCUUACUUUAAUCCUUCAAUUCCCACUCGAUCUCGAACUGUUUAUACACAAACUCAACUGGUACCCACUCAUACGACAGUUUAUACGACGACACAAUUUUCACCGGCGACUCGAACUACCGUUUAUGAGACUGAUCAUGUUCCCAUUUAUGGUUCGAGCGAUUCGAGUAUUUCGACCAAAUCAAGUGGAUAUGGUUCCUCGAUUGGAUCACUAUCGAAAUAUGGUACAUCGUUUUAUUAAAAUUACUUUUUAUUAAUUGAUGAAUUUAAAAUACAUCAAUUAAUAUAAUCUCCCCAGUGACCAAUUAGCUUAUCUUCUAAUGGCUAAUUAAUUGAAAAGUACUAUGAUUAUCAUUUAACUUUGAUAUAUAUUGUAUAUUUAAUUUGAUUGUGUAAAAAAUAAACAGCUAAAUUUAAUUGUA